AUGGAAGACAGCGCAACUCGCCCAGACGAGACUGGGUUGGAGGGGCAUGCUAUGGACCAGAGCAGCUCUUUCAAGGCUCGGAUGGAGCAGUUCAAAUAUUCCCCGCUGAAACAGGCGGAUGCAAAGCGACGCUCCCCUAGACUUGCCAGUCCGCGUCCAUCCGUUCUUUCCAAAGCGGCAAGCGCUUCUCCGUCUCCAAGAAAACGGUCUCGCAUGCAGCAACAUGUCCAGAACGAGGAGGACGAUGAGAGUACUGUCAAAAAAGAGGAGGAAGACGGUCAAGAGGACGGACCCCUGACGGCCGAUAUGACAUCUACGGCGCCCAAGUUUAAAAAGCGAAGGAGCACCACCAAAGAACGAGCGUCCAGAGAUCCCUACAAUCCAGUCAACAAUCUGGUGGACAGCCUACGGCCUGGUCUGACCCUGGUAUGCAUCGGCCUCAACCCUGGGCUCAUGACAGCCGCAACCGGCCAUGCAUAUGCCCAUCCCUCCAAUCGGUUCUGGCACCUACUCCAUACCUCUGGCAUUACCCCCGAGAAGCAUCUCCCCUCCGAGACGAGAGAUUUGAUGGAUCUUUACCAGAUUGGCAACACGAAUAUAUGUGCUCGGCCUACCAGGAGUGGUGACGGUUUGAGUAAGCAAGAGAUGGAGGAGGGCGCUGUCAUCCUUGACAAAAAGAUUGCACUGUACAAGCCCGAGGCGGUGGUCAUAGUUGGAAAAGGCAUCUGGGAAGCCAUCUGGAUGGCAAAGAAGGGCCAGAAAAGGUUCAAUGAUCCAGAUUUCCAUUGGGGUUGGCAAGACGAGGAGAUGCAGUUGGGGAGGGUCUGGGAAGAUGGACAUCUGGCGUGGGCGGGGGCGAAGACAUUCGUGGCCACCUCUACCAGUGGGCUUGCGGCAACUCUGACGCCGGCAGAGAAACUGGCCAUCUGGAAGCCGUUGGGCGACUGGAUGACGGUGAAGCGCAAGGAAUCCGAGGCUGGUUGA